AUUGUAUAAAAUCCAAGUGUUUGAUCGAAUCAAGUAUCAGUCGUCUGAUAUCAGUCAUUUGACCAAAUAUUCAGUGUUACCAAAAAAAAACAAACAAAUUCAAAAAAUAUCAAAAUGAAGGUGCUCGUUGUCCUUGCUCUCUGCGUUUGCGCAUCACAAGCUUUUUUCUUGGGCGGUAGCUCAAGCGGUUCAUCAUCAUCAUCAUCAUCGUCGUCAUCUUCAUCGAAACCAGUCAAAGUUGUUAAAAUUAUCAAUAUCGAUGGUGGUUCGGCAGCAGCAGGUGGAUGGUCAGGCUCGUCAUCAUCAGCAGGAUCAGCCAACGUUCAGCCACAUGAAAUUGUAAAAAUAAUCCAUGUUAAUGGUGGCAGCUCAGGUUCAAGCUCAAGCGGUGGAUGGUCAAGUGGCGGAUCCUCAGCAAUUGCCGCUGCACCAGCUGCACCAACCAAAAUUAUCAAGAUUAUCAAUGGUGGUUCAGUAAGCGGUGGACAUGGACACGAACACGGACAUGGGCACGAACACGGACAUGGACACGGACACGGUUAUUCAUACGGUGCUUCUGCUGCUGCAGUACCAGUUAAAAUCAUCAAGGUCAUCGAUGGUGGAUACGCUUCAUCAGGCUACUCAUCAGGCGGAUAUGCUUCAUCAAGCAGUUUCUCAUCAGGCGGAUAUGCUGCCGCCGCACCAGCUCCACAAAUCAUCAAGAUCAUUACACAAUCAGCACCCGCACCCUCACCCGUUUACUCCGCACCAGCUGCCGCGCCUGCCCAACAAUACGCUGCCCAUGCCCAACAAUACGCCGCCCCAGCUGCUGCUCCAGCACCAGUUUAUGGAGCCCCUUCUGUAGCACAAGCAGCCGCCCCAUCUCCAGCAAGCGGCUACUCGUAUCCAGCACCAAGCAGUUGGUAAACGAACCAAAAAAACCUAUUUAAAAUAAGGCAAAUUUUCAACGAAAAUUUGCUAUUGUUAAAAACAAUCGAUAAAAUUGUAUUGUGUUGACUAGUGAAAUUCAAAGAAAAAAAUCUUAAUAAAAUUGACUUAAAGUACAAAUAAA